CUGAGCUGACCUCUGACAGCUCAGCCUUUCCCUGCACAAACACGGAAGCAGCAUGGCGUCAAACAGCAAGAGCUCGGAGCGGCAAAGAACUGCACAGCAAAGAUUGAGAAUCAUCGCAGGUCAUUUAAGAAAACCAGAAGAGGCAUAUCACACAGAGAUUGCCGCGCAAGAAUGCAAAGCGGAGUCGAGUAGAACGAAUCCCGAGAAGCCAAACUCGGUUCCUAAGAGGAGGCAGGAGAUUAUGAAAUGGAAUGGAUGGGGCUACAGCGACUCCAGAUUCCUCUUCAACAAGAAAGGUCAAGCAGAAUUCACAGGGAAGAGGUAUCGGUUAAGUGGCAUGAUCAUGCCCAGCCUGAAGGACUGGUUCGAGGGCACGUUCGGAGCCAACUUGCAACACAAGAGUCCUGCCGCGCCUGCCCUCGGUGCUGGUGUGGUGCCCCCUCCCAACCUGAACGAGGCGUUUGUGGAGGAGCUGAAGGCCACUGGCAUCCCCUUCUCCCAAGACGCAGACGACCGAGUGUUCCGCGGCCAUGGGCACUGCUUACAUGAAAUCUUCGCGCUUCGUGAAGGACAUUUCGGAAGGUGUCCGGACAUGGUGGUCUGGCCAAAUUGCCAUAACGACGUUGUGAAAAUUGUGGAGUUGGCAUGCAAGCACAAUGUUUGUUUGAUGCCAUAUGGGGGAGGGACGAGUGUCUCAAGUGCUCUAGAGUGCCCCCCGGAGGAGACUCGCUCCAUCGUCUCCCUCGACACCUCGCAGAUGAACCGGAUACUGUGGAUUGAUGAGAAGAAUCUGACUGCCCAUGUCGAGGCUGGCAUCAUCGGACAGGAUUUGGAGAGACUGCUGAACGAGAGUGGCUACUGUACGGGGCACGAGCCGGACUCCAUGGAGUUCAGCUCUCUGGGGGGCUGGGUGGCCACGCGGGCCUCGGGCAUGAAGAAGAACAUCUAUGGCAACAUCGAGGACCUGGUGGUGCACAUAAAGAUGGUGACCCCCAGAGGUGUGAUCGAGAAGAGCUGCCAGGGCCCGCGCAUGUCCACCGGCCCCGACGUGCACCACUUCAUCCUGGGCUCUGAAGGAACUCUUGGAGUUGUGACUGAGGUCACCAUGAAGAUUCGGCCCAUCCCUGAGUACCAGAAGUACGGCUCCGUGGUCUUUCCAAACUUCCAGGCGGGCGUGGCCUGCUUGAGGGAGGUUGCCAAACAGAGGUGUGCACCUGCAUCCAUUAGGCUAAUGGACAACGAACAGUUCAAGUUCGGUCACGCGCUGAAGCCUCAGGUGUCCUCCAUCUUCACUUCCUUCCUCGACGGCCUCAAGAAGUUCUACAUCACCAAGUUCAAAGGCUUCGAUCAGGACCAGUUGUGCGUGGCCACUCUGCUGUUCGAGGGCGACCGCGAGAAGGUGCUGCAGCACGAGAAGCAGGUGUACGACAUCGCCGCCAAGUUUGGGGGCCUGGCAGCUGGGGAGGACAAUGGCCAGAGGGGCUACAUGCUGACCUUUGUCAUCGCAUACCUCCGGGACCUGGGGAUGGAGUACUAUGUGAUUGGCGAGUCGUUUGAGACCUCCGUGCCUUGGGACAGGGUACUGGACCUGUGCAGGAAUGUGAAGGAGCGUAUCGUGCGCGAGUGCAAGGAGAAGGGGGUCCAGUUCCCUCCGCUGUCCACAUGCAGAGUGACUCAGACGUACGACGCUGGGGCCUGUGUUUACUUCUACUUUGCCUUUAACUACAGAGGCCUGAGUGAUCCACUGAAUGUCUACUUAGGAGUGGAGCAUGCUGCCCGAGAGGAGAUUCUUGCCAAUGGAGGAAGCCUGUCCCACCACCAUGGAGUGGGGAAACUUCGGAAGGAGUGGAUGCAGGAGACUGUCUCCAACGUCGGCCUUGGCAUGCUGAGGUCCGUGAAGGAGUACGUCGACCCGGACAACAUAUUCGGGAAUCGAAACCUCCUCUAAAAUCCACAACCCCUCGCUCCCCCUCACCCUUCACCAUCACACAACCCCACUCCCCCUCCAGCCCACUUAACCUUAAUCCCACACACCCUCUAGCACACAUCUAGUUUGGUUGGCACUAAACGAUUACUUAAUGUAAAAAAAAAAACCAUAACCCUUCCAUCAAAUGAAGCUUGUUUUGUCCCCUCAGUAAGACUGAAACAGUGUUUUAUGUUGUUACUGCUCUGUUAUGAUUAUUAUUAUUAUUUCAAUUAUUAUUAUACAUAUUUUUUUCAGAUUAUUGUCAUCCAAAAGUAGUGUAUUUUUUUUUCUUCUCAUUCCUGGACUCUGCAGUCUGUCGCUUGUCUUUUAAGAUGACGGGCGGUGGGCAGCUAUUGCCACUAGGGGCGCUAGACCACAACAGCACCACAGCCUUCUAUCACUUCCUUUCAGCCAAAGGAUGUCUUGAUCAUAUCAUCGCAUUUUCCUUAAACACAGUAAAAAAGCGAAUGGACAUGGCUACAACACAACACGAGUGUGUUUCUCUUGUACAGAAUACAUGGUUCCUGUCAGCUCAUUUCAACCUUUUCCCUGCAAAUUGUUUUGACUCCAGAUCAAAGCCCAUGGCAUCACUCGUAUGCGUCCAACCCCGCCUUCUACACCCCAAUGAUUUAAUGUAAAAUCAUUUUUUUUUGCCAACUUUAUAAACUUCCUAUAAGAAAAUUAUAUACAAGUUACAAGUUACAUUUUUUUCUCUCCUCGUUAACAUUUUUAUUCCUGUAUGGGCACUACUGACUCCCCCGCUUUCUAAAGCUCUGUGCCUUUUCUCUCUGUCGUGUGCUGUUCUCUCCUGUCCUCUCCUCCUGUCCUGUCUGCCUCUGUGUCUCCGCUACCUGCCACACUCCCUGAGUGACUUUGUUGAAAUGUUCUCUUUGCCAUAUCUCUUUGCCCCGAAUACUCCUUGGAGUGUUUUUUUGCAACUGUAAAUGUGCACAUUUUGGGUGGCCAGUGUCAAUGGAUGGGACCUUAAUAAUUACACUCCAUCAGCUGUAACUCCCCUGCCUCCCUCCCUCCUUUUUUAAUCAUCUUAACCUUUAUGCCUUUUUUGCUUUAUAAGUGUUCACCUUUGACAUUCGUUAUUGCCACAGACUCUCACACACUUUUUUUCCAAGUGGCCGAUCUCCGACAUCACGAGUUACUUGAGAGACUCGUUAUUUUUCUCGUAAUUUUUUUUCUGGAGCGAGCAGUUUACCCUACCUGUGCGUCUUUUUAACCCACAAGUGGGGAGCCUGCCUUCCUUCCUGUCUUGCGGCACAGCUGUGGCCAGCAGUGAAAAGGGCCGUGCUAGCUUACUGUCUAUUACUAUCUCUGCUCCGCUACUAUAUCUCAGCUGCUCCUCCCCUUCUUGUGAUAUUCUUCUCCUCCUUUCCUCUCUCCUCCUUUCCUCUCUCCUCCUCGCCUGCUCCUCCUCUUCCUCCUCCUCCUUCGAGCAUGGUGCUUGCCUCAGUUGUGAACACAAAAGGGAGCUAGCUCAGCCUUUGCAGGGGUGCAUUUCUGGGAACGGUAGUGGCGGACUAUGUUAGCUACUUUGUUGGUUGCAAUGCAAUUUCCCAUUGGCAACUUCCGAAGUUGCUAACUGCUAACAACUACACUUCCCAGAAAUGCACCCCUGGUCAUUUGUGCUGGAGUGUGAACAUGUUAAGUCGGAACGCUGCUCCCCACUAUUCAUGUUUCUACCAAAGACACUCUUGUCUCCCUAUUUAUCUCUCUGUCUCUUUCUCUCUCCCUUACUUUACGUUUCAGAUUCGCUCCACAUACAGGACAUUCUUAAAAAUAAACAACACUGGCAUAUCUGUAUGCAUAGAGAUUUUUUGUACAUUGUGUAUAUAAAUUAGAAAAGCAUAUGCGUACAAGUACCACAAAGACACCUUUUCAUCGUGAUAAAAUUGUAUUUUUUUAAGAAGUACAUAUGCAAAAAGCCAGAAGUGAUCUCUGCAAAAAAAAGAUCUGAAACAA